ACAAUUAAAAUUAUAAUUUUAAUUAGAGAUUUUCUGCAGCUUCUUGUUAAUUAUGUAACUUGUUAAUUAUCUAACCUUAGUUAUUUUUUCGUUUAGUGGAGUAGAAAACUUUUUAAGUAUAUAAAAUCGUGUGGGUUUUUUUUUAAUCACCGACUAAUCAGGCGAGCGCUGGAGGGGCCGGCCACUAGGGGGGUCUGGGGGCAUGUUCCCCCAGAAAAUUGUGAAAUCUUGGUGCUCUGAAACGCCAUUUCUAGUGUUCUGAGAGGAAAAAUUCUGUCCAAAAUGUGCUCUAAAUCAAUUGUCAUUUUUAUGCUUAUUUUCAUUGGCGUGACUUCGUGACUUUGUAUUCGUAUUUGUAUUUUAUUUUUACUCCAUCCUAUAGAUAAUACAUUAGUCGUACAAUGUCAAUUAAUACAAAGUUGCUUAAACUACGUGUACAUAAUAAUAAUAAUAAUAAAAGAAGAAAAUUAGAAUGGAGAAGGGCACAUUAUAGAAAACUAAUUAUGGUCCUUUAACAAGAUUGACUCUAUUCUAUAUAGCUUUGUUAUUCAUUAACACACAAACACGCACGAACACACACACGCACACAACUCAAUAUUGAGCAAGGUAAUAUUUUUUAAGUGCCUUUUUGAACAGGAUUUUCGAUGAUUUAUUGCGAAUAGAAAGGGGGAGAUCGUUCAAAUGGUAUUUUCCAAGACGGUAGAGCAAAACUUUCGAAUAUUAAUUCUUAAGUGGGGAAUGUGUAAUUGCUGAGCAGAUGCACUUCGUGUAAAAUAAUUGUGUUGCUCAGAUACAAGAAAUAAUGGAAAAUUACACGGCUUAUUAUCAGAGACAUAAUCAUAUAAAAACAAACAAUUGUAAAUUUUAACACUAUCACAAAAUUUUAAUAAACCUAGAUGAACAUAAUGAGGAGUGAUAUGAUCUCGUAAAGGAACGUCAUUCAUUAAUCUAACUGCUUUAUUUUGUAGACGUAUGAGCUGUGAUAAUGGAUUAUCUUAAUUAUUUCCCCACAAUAAGCAACCAUAUAUGAGAUAUGGGUAAACAAGAGAAUAGUAAAUACUAGUUAAACAUUGAUUUCCUAGACAACUUUUUAUCUUUGUCAUAAUAUUAAUACUCUUACUGACUUUAUCACAAACAUAGUCAAUAUGGUCAUGCCAGGAUAGGUGGCUGUCAAUAUGGAUGCCUAAGUAUUUAAUUUGGAUAACAUGUAACAUCAAAUCUUUGCUCAAUAACUCCCGAAACAGCCCUUGUUAUAGCUGUCACCCCGCGUAACAAUGAUAAACAGAUACCAUUAUGUCAUCUUAAGGUGGCUCAACUGGAUUUUUAGGGAGGUACCUUCCAAGUUUGAGCAUCAACUACGUCGGUAUGAGUAAAGAUAUGGGAAAAAGGUUACCAUAACUGUAUUAUAAUAAAGAUGAAAAUUUCUUAUGACCUGGGUUUUAUUGCAGUCGGAGUCGCCAUGGUAACGUAAUGACGCCAUAACGUUUUUAUUUAUCUUUGUGUUUCUCUGUACCAGGAGUUUUUUUAAGAAAUCGCUUAGGGAGUAUGUACCUGCCGUAAUUGCCUCAAUUAUGGCAAAGUUUGAACAAAUUCUAUGAGAGCGUCUUGGAAACAUUUUGAAACGAAGUUUUAAGGGUCAUAAAACAGUGAAAUAGCAUGCUAUCCACACAAUUAGCUAAUAUUUUUAAGAAAAUGAUAAGAUUUAGAAAUGCGGCUUCAUCUCAUAGAGGUUUGAUUUCAUUGAAAACUGCGUACAAAAACGAGGGAAUUGCUCCGGGCGAUCGCGAGUUAGAAGAAUGUUAUUAGCCUGCAUUCAGCUGCUUUUGUUACAUUUUUUGCAAGUAAUUUGGUCCAUGCCUACAAAUUUCCCAUUUUCAAACAACUGCUCGAUACAGUUUUUAAAAACUUGACAAUCACGAGAUCAAUCGUCAAUAGCUAUACCCUGCAAGUUUCAAGAACAUUGAAAACAGGAAAGGCCUUUAAAUAGGGCCUCAAAUAUAACCAAUUUUCCCUUAGAUUUUGCGUUUACAAGUGAGCGUUCUCAUUAUUCACUGGCAUUGUUUUCAAGUUUCAUAUGCACGUGUACAACUAGCAAACAUAUUGAAUUUGCAUAAAACAGGACCCUCGGUUGCUUUCAAAAAAAAAAUCUUCAGAAUAUUCUAAUAACCGGGUAAAGAAAUUAGGUAAAGGAUUUCUUUGAUGCUAUAACCCGAGUAAGAUAAUUAAGUAUUGCAUCCUACACGAUGAGCCGUGACGUUCACCGUUCGGCUCCCCCUGAUAUUUCUUCGGAAAGUAAUCGAGAGUUCUUUUUUAUGCAAAUUUGUUUCUUUUGCUUGUUGUGCACGUGUAUAUGAAACUUGAAAACAAUACCAGUGAAUAAUGAGAACGCUCGCUUGUAAACACAAACUCUGAGGGAAAAAAUCGUUAUAUUUGAGGCUAUAUUUAAAGGCCUUCCCUGUUUUUAAUGUUCUUGAGACAAUUGAUCUCGUGAUUGUCAAGUUUAUAAAAAAAAUUAUCGAGCAGUUUUUUUGAAUAAUGCGUUAUUGUGUAGACAUGGACCAAAUUACGUGCAAAAAUGUAACAAAAGCAGCUGAAUACAGGUUAAUAACAUUCUUCUAACUCGCGCUCGCCCAGAGCAAUUCCCCUAGAUUUUUGUACGCAGAUUUCAAUGGAAUCAAACCUCUAUGAGAUGAAGCUGCGUUUCUAAAUCUUAUCAUUUUCUUAAAAUAUUAGCUAGUUGUGUGGAUAGCAUGCUAUUUCACUGUUUUCAUUACCAAAUUACGUGCAAAAAAUGUAACAAAAGCAGCUGAAUGCAGGCUAAUAAAAUUCUUCUAACUCGCGCUCGCCCAGAGCAAUUCCCCUCGUUUUUUGUACGCAGAUUUCAAUGGAAUCAAACCUCUAUGAGAUGAAGCCGCAUUUCUAAAUCUUAUCAUUUUCUUAAAAUAUUAGCUAAUUGUGUGGAUAGCAUGCUAUUUCACUGUUUUCAUGACUCUUACAACAUCGUUUCAAAAUAUUUCCAAGACGCUCUCAUAGAAUUUGUUCAAACUUUGCCAUAAUUGAGGCAAUUAUGGCAGGUACAUACUCACUUAAGCGAUUUCUUAAAAAAAAGCUCCUGGUACAGAGAAACACAAAGAUAGAUAAAAACGUAAUGGCGUCAUUACGUCACCAUGGCGACCCGAUUGCAAUAAAACCCAGAUCAUAAGAAAUUUUCAUCUUUAUUAUAAUACAGUUGUGGUAACCUUUUUCCCAUAUCUUUACUCAUGCCAGCGUAGUUAAUGCUCAAACUUAGGAGGUAUCCCCUAAAAACCCAGUCGAACCACCUUAACAGAAAAAAAAAAAUCUUUAUUGCGGGCGACAAGAGGAGCCCGCAAUCCUAAUGUCCAGGUUGUUAUUACGCAUACGUCGCAUGUAUGUGCCAGCAUUCGUCGCAUUCGUUUGGACUUCCACUAAGAAUAUAAGGAAUGCACAGAACGCAAUUUGAUCAAGAGUGUUUGGACCUUCUAUCACUCGAAAUCUGAUCACGCGCGUUUUUGACCAUCUGUCACGUGAAACUUACGCAAAGCACAGCGCUGGAACAAAAGCGUUUUGACCUUCGAUUGUUGUCGCCCGCACUCCGUAAACUUUGGUUAUUACUAGUUACCGUACUAAAUGAUUUUAAGAUCCUUGUUUUAUAAAUUUUACUCCUACCCAUAACAAGAUGAGGAGUAGUUUGCAAUCAUUACAUACUCCAUUUUUGACCACGGUUUAAGUAUAAAUUAUUGACGAAUAAUUUGGAAAAUAAACCGUCACUUUGACAGAUCGAGGGAAAGAAAACGAUUGUAGUUAUUCAUUACCGAUCGAAGUUUUCAUCGAAUUUUAACCUUUUGAACAGAAUAUUUAUUACGGAAUGAAAAAAUAUCUGUUUCUAAUAUUUCUGUUCUUCUGCACUUGUUUACACAAAUGAAAGUUCCUGUUUGGUUAAUUCUUUUCGAUUAAGCAAUUUUACCCUGUAUCUGAAUUCAUAAUAAACAACAAGCAAUAACAACAACUUUAGUUUGUUAAUGUCAUUAGAGAAUAAUUUAAUGAGGUCUAUUCUUCUACCAUGUGAGGUCAUAGACUAUCAUGUACGAGAGUAGUUUCACUGACCUCGUGGUCAUCAAAUUGGAGCUUGAGUGUCGGAGUUGAAGAUGUAUACAUAGGACUUUAUUGUUGCUGACAGUGUUGACCGUGCUUGUGUAACGUUGUUGUGAUAGUUAAGACUCAAGCAAGGACCUGUUCUGCAUUUUUAACAAUAAUGUAUGUCUCUCUUCAGGGUCUUCAGAGUCAUACCAAUACUCGUCCAACACCUUCAUAUACUCGCUGAAAAACUAUUACGGAUAUGGUUACUUUAAAAAGGACGUCAACGUCCACUAUUAUUAUGCCACAUACAGCAGCUAUGGCUAUGGUCCAACCUUUGGAGGGGGUCAUGAUUUGUACAUUGCAGAUAAUGCAAGAUACAAUCAUAACUCUUACUGUUAUUGCUAUUCGUAUACUAGUCCCUAUUGUGAUAACAAUAUCUGGACCGGAAAUCAGAACUUCAGCCCAGAGGAGGUGGAAGUUUACUAUGAAAUUCUUGUUUAA